UAUUUGUUCUUAACUGAUAGUUUACUACCUUAUCUAAUCAUUCCCUCAUUUAGACAUUUUUCAAAAGUACGGCUCGAAAGCACUCUGAAAUGUCAAGCUACAUAAGAUAUCUGAAAUUUGAAGAAAGCAAAAAAAGGUGUUUCAAUAUGACGUUCAAAUAAGUAAGGAUAAUCUAGAAUAUCUCAUUCGUUCGUUGUUGCGUGACUUUAAAAGACCUAACUUCAAAGUUUCCCUUAAAUGUAGUACGAUAAUUAAAUUUCAGAUGGUAAAUUGAAAAGGGCUACGAGUUCUUCACUGCGUUUUACUCUUAAAAUAAUCUGACACUUUGAAACGAGAAGAAAACGCACCCAGGUCACCAACCCGUAGAAUGCACGGGUUUAGAUCCAGCAGUCAACAGCGCGCCCCCUUCUGGCCAACAUGCAACAGUGUGGAGUCCUGACUAGAGCUCUGUCUGAUUAAUCCUGGGUGUAUCAUGAAUGCUGUAACCUCGACCUACUGUAGAUGAUCGGCACUAAUUGCUCCUGUAAAAGGUUAAACUAUAUCAAUCAAUGAAAACGUCAGUCGCUUUGAAUAAAAAUAAUCAGUAUACUGCCAAAACCUUUCAAUGGUAAUAACUAUGUUGAUCGGGAUUGCUGUAUUCAAUUGUAAACGUUCAUAUUGUUGUGUAUAUUCAAUGCGACAAGAAGAUAAAUAUAUUAUUUGUCUUUUGUAAACGUUACUAUUAGCUGUAAAUUAGUUUGGUUACUGAUGAGUAUCAUUCAGUUUAAACUGUGGUGACGAGAGACAUUCUGCGACCGGAGGACUUAAGUACACGCUAAAAUGCAGAGACCAGUGAAAAUAAGAUGCAGGAGCCCCAGAAUGCGCGUUCUCUUUACGAAUAUUGCAUUCUUUUGCCAAAAUGCAAAUUCUCUUUACACUACUCACAUGGGAUAGUGGCACCUCAUUUUAGUUAAUAAUAAACCACUUUUUCCAUAAAUCACUAAAACUAAACACAACUACAACAACACGAAAUAUAAAUCAAAUAUUAUAUCGGUGGUCGUGAAUUUCAGAUUCAUAGGGUUUUAAUCCAGUUAUUCCCUGACCGAAAAAAACGGUUAGGAAAUGUGUCGCCACGUUACGACGCACAGGCGGCGUCCUAGUUGCUCAAGGAUGUCAGUGCGACGUCACACGCACGGCCAACGUGAGACGUCACACGCUGCUACUCCAGAUUAACUAGGAUUUUUGAUUAAAACUGUUAAGACGUAGAUUUUAAGGCAUAUACUGUAGGCGUAUAAAAAAUGCCUUCAAAAUAAACAAUUGAGUAGAAAUACAGAUGUUAGUCCGCUGCAUAAUAUUUUGCAGCUGUGGGUUCGUUUUAAAGCUGCGCCGAUCUGCAGGUGAUCUGCGCAGACUUGUGCUAAAAUAACUGCACAACAGACGGUGCGCAACAGCGGCCAGGCGAAAAACGCAAACCUGUGCAGAACUGCGGGCAUCUGCGCUACAAUAACGUAAUCCUAGUGGCUAUUACGUUUUCCAUAAUUCGGCACUUGAGUGCAACAUCUUAAGAAUAAACUAUUUUAGGUGGUAGGAAAACUAUGACGUGCUUGUCGGUGUCAUCGUAUUAUUAUGGAAAAACAGAAUGACGGUACGGCACUAUGCAGCUGUUGGGGACAAUAACAGUAACAUUUGGCCCGCUGUAGUUGAAUAGGGACUGUGUUGCGGAAGCAGGAAGCGCCAUGUAUUGAAGGCUUGCGCGUGCCGGCGAAGCAGAGGGCAUGCCCACAUAUCACAAAUGGGGACGCUUUAGCACUGCUGUGAUUUCACCUGCUGUUCCCGGCGACCGGAGCUUGCUCUGUCCCCGCUUUGCUCAGAGUCUAUUAUCUGCCAGGAUGCUCAAGAUAUUCAGCGGCUUGGUCAUUGGAGGUCUCGUGUUAGCCUGCUUGGCAUCAUUGCUACUGGAUGUGUACGAUACCUCACGGUUCCCCAAGCCGACUCGCAAAACAACCAAUGAGACAGACUGGAAUACCAUCCCUCCUUAUCCCGGCGAGGAGCCGGAUAAUAUCUUCUGGUUUCUGCAGGUGUCGGACAUCCAUAUUAGUCGUUUUCACGAUCACAGAAGAGUUCCAGACUUUGAGAAGUUUUGCACAGAAACAGUGGACAUCAUUAAACCCGAUCUAGUCCUCGCAACCGGGGACCUGACAGAUGCGAAGACCGAGAGCAAGGUGGGCUCUCUGCAGCACGAAGUGGAGUGGCAGGCCUACCACAACGUCCUGAAGCGCUCGAGAGUUCUGGAGAAAACCAAGUGGAUAGACAUUCGAGGGAACCAUGAUGCUUUCAACAUUAUAUCUGUGGACAGUGUCAACAACUACUACAGGAAAUACUCUUCUAAUCAGAAAGUGGGCUCCUUUCACUACAUCCACCAGACCUCCUUUGGAAACUACUCUUUCAUCUGUGCUGAUGCCACUCUAACACCAGGACCCAAAAGGCCCUAUAACUUCUUUGGAAUUUUGAAUCAGACUCAAAUGGAUGAGCUUCGCAGCUUUGAAUUAGAGAGCCAGAAGAGCAACCAGUCUAUCUGGUUCGGACACUAUACCACGUCUACCAUUAUCUCCACCUCUCCUGGGAUCCGACAGGUGAUGAGCUCGGCUGUGGCAUACCUGUGUGGGCACCUCCACACGCUUGGUGGCCUGAUGCCAGUGCUGCAUAGCCGGCACCCGCGGGGCACCCUGGAGCUGGAGCUAGGAGAUUGGAUGGACAAUCGCAGGUACCGUGUGCUGGCCUUGGACCACGACAUCCUGAGUUUCUCUGACCUGCGGUUCGAGGAGUGGCCAGUCGUCCUCAUCACCAACCCCAAGGCUGCUCUGUAUGCCAACCCUGACACCGAGCCCCUGGGCAGGAUCCGGCACUCCACACACAUCAGAAUCUUGGCUUUCUCGGAAGCCCCGAUCACGGCGGUCUACGUGAGCAUCGACCAGAAGCCCUUGGGUGAGGCUCAUCCUGUGAAAGGGCCGCUGUAUGUGCUGGCCUGGGACCCCAAGAGCUAUUCCAAAGGGCUCCACUCCAUCAGGGUCAAAGUGGAGGACUCUGCUGGCCGCUCGACAGUAAGAGAGCAGCAGUUCACGCUGGACGGCAAGGUGACUCUGGGCUUCGGGUUCCUGCAGUCCUUCAUCCUCCUCACUGACCACUACAUCCUGGCUAGAGUCGCCUUUGUGUUCCUGGUGCUGUUUAAUGUUGCCCUGAUUGUGGCUUUCCGCUACCUGGGAACCCCCUCUCUGAGAGGAUCUACAGGUUUCUACUCCCAGGCAUGUCUGUCUCUUCAUGUUUUCAGCAAAGCCAACAUGUUCUACUACUCUUUACUGCUCUUCAACCUCUACACUGCCUUUGGUCCCUGGUUUGUUGGCGAUGUGAUUGAUGGCCACAAGGGGGCAUGCUUUGCAUUUGGGGUGUUUGUGGAUGGCCACUUUCUAGAAGGAAGCUUGACGUUUGUGGUAGGAAUCUUUCAGGUUGUUUUCUUCAACAUGCCCCUGACUUGCUAUCUCUGCUGGAGCCUGAACCUGCGUUGUCGCGGCAACUGCUUUCGCUCCCAUUUCCAGCGUGCUGGCAGGGUGCGGACGUUGCUGGUAAACCUGACCAUGCUGGCGCUGCUGGCCUGGCAGGCGUACUCCUGCAUCUUCCUGCUGGAGACAUAUGGCCUCCUGGCCUUCCUCCUGUCUCCUGUUCGCACCUGGUCCCUGGCCCUCGGCCUGCUCCUUGCCUAUAGGGCCUGGACAUGUCCUCCACCACGCCUCAGUCAGUACACUGCGGGCUCCAGGGCCAGCUUAGCCUCUUGACAGCUGCUCAUUUGCUUUUUCUGUACGUCCGCAUUUUCCUUCCUAUACUGAAAACACAGAGAUUUUCUACAGACUGAUAGCAUUUAUACUGUAUUACCAAAAGUCUUGGGACAACAGCCAUAGUAACAAACUAUACCUGUUGACAUUGUAUUUAACAUAGUGCUCAAGUUCACUCGUGGCCUUACCAAUGCUGCAAUCCUGCCAGGGAUACUUCCCACUACCUCCUGCAGAGUGUUUUUUCAGUGCAGCAGGAGAAGUUAGUUUCUUGCUGUUACAGUUCAACCCACAGGUGUUGUACAUGAGUGAGGUCAGUUUUCUCUCUGAAAUGUUUUCAGUAAAGUUCUUCCAGAACUGUUGUGUUAAACUCAUAGCUUUGACACAGAAUUGUGCCAGUAGAUGUUCCAUACAUACUGAUCAUUUUCGCAAGAACUGUUCAGAAUGUCCUAAUACAUGAACAGGAUCAAGGCAUUCAUUACAAAAAAAGUGGCUGCCCUGCCCAAACCGUGAGACUACGCAGCACCACAGCAUCUCCUCCACAUUUAACUAUAAGCCUUUUGCAUCAAUGCAUUGACAGACACACACUUUGGCUUGUGGAUGCCUGUCCUGCGACAAAGUCCUUAUGUACGCAUUGCAGUUCUUAGCAUAGAAUACAGACAAAUCUGUUGGUGUCUUGAUCUCCGGUGUGGUGGUGGUUUUUAGUCCUGACAGACCAGUUUGUUGUUAACACAUUUUAUGGUUCAUACUGUAGGACUUAGUUUCUUCAGUCUUACAAUUUUCUCCACAGGGGACUUUAGAAAUCAUAAUGUCUCUAUAGUCUUAUGCACUCUACCAUUCCUUAGACUAACAUGCCACUAUAAAGCACUUGGCCUCUGACACAGUCCCAGUACUUUUGGUAAUGCUGUCUUUAUCCAAAAAGAUUUGUUACAUUCGUGGUGUAAUGUCUUCAUUGAGACACUGUGAAACACACACCACUGAAUGAUUUUUUAGAAGCCCCUAUUUAAAUAUGAAAGGCAAAAUGAAAAAUGUCAGUCUAAUAUCCACAAAUCCCUGAAACUUCAAGGACCAAAUGUGGGUGAUAAUAUAAAGGCACAGUUACUCUAUUAUCAUGUCUAAAAUUGUAUAUAAAGGAUGAGUCAUAACUAAUAAGGGAUUUUCUUUUAGAUAAUUGCAGGUUCUGCUUGCAAUAUAUCAGUGUUUUUUUAAGUGCACGCUUUCCUUUAUCUACACCAUCUACAUCUAGGGAAGACAGUUAUAUCAGUGAAUAUUAUUUAUAAUAAUGUGACUUUAUGUAAAGCAGGAAGUCACAUUGACAUUCCAGUUUUUUGUUCUAGGAAUAGCUUGGGUGUGCACUGGGAACAAUCUUUAAAAGUAAUUGAGACACAAGCUCUUUAGGCAGAUACAA